AUGUCCAACAACAACGACCGAGCUGUACCAGACGCCUCCGUCCGCGAUCUCACUGUGCAACUUCAGAGUGUUUCAAUCUCUGACGCGAACCCUGCAACCAACAAUGCAAGUUCGUCCUCCACUGCCCGUCUUGUCGACCAAGGCCCCGCCGCCGCUUCGAGCGACCCGAUGCAAGACUUGGCAGUUUGUCUCGGCGUCUCGGCGGUCGAUUUCGAUCUGGCGCGAUUUUCGCCCCGUCUGCCCAACGUCAACCUGGCCACCCAGCGGUCUGGCCUCCUGGCGGCUCUGUCCGAUGCAAGUACCAUCAAAGGCAACGAGCUGCCACAACCCUCACCAUCACAGCGGACAAGCGCCGCAGCAGUGCUUGAUGAGCUGGGGCUACGCGACACCAGCGAGUUUGUCCCGCUUGCAGUUGGUUUCAUGCUGCUCAAAACCCUUCUCAAUGAGCUGAAAGCCGAGGCGAAAGCCGAGGCGAAAGCCGCAGCCGCCGAGACAGCGCGCCAGGAAGCCGUGGCGAAAGCCGAGCAGGAGCGCCAGGAAGCCGUGGCAGCGCGCCAGGAAGCCGAGACCGAGAGAAACGCGCGCCUGGAAGCCGAGACAGCGCGCCAGAAAGCCGAGUCGAGGGCUUCCGAGUUCCUGCUCGAUAAGGACAUUGUCUUGCCAGCUCUUGGUGCUGCCAAUCUGGGCAAAUCAAGCUUGAAUGCAUCCGUGCCAACAAAUCACCAACCUGCCACUGCACUCCACGGCGAAUUUGUCGUGCAUACCGAUUUGGCAUACACACAGCGUCCUGCUGAUUCUGUUCUUGAUGCAGCUCGGGCUGGGUAUGAUGGCGAGGAAGCCGUUCAGCAACUGGUAUACCUCACGCUUACUGCGGUCGCCAAAGUCCUCGGACAGACACAACUGGGCGAGAUUCCUGUAUUCUUCAAGACCGCCGGCUCGGGAGCGAACGCGGCACAGAAGUCGGACCUCUGGUACGUAUCGUGGCUCGGCAUCGGACAUGGUGCUAUUGAGGUCAAGAAACCGUCCGCUCCGGAACCCACCAGCAGUCCGAAAUACGAGGAGCAACGCAAGCAUCUCGCGCUCGCAGACAUGCACAACCCGCUCAUUCUGGGGCAGCUGUACGACUACUUGCAGGAGCUGCGCAUCACCUUCAAGCCUAACGCACUGUUUGGCAUCCUGACCAACUACAUGUACUGGCGCAUCUGCUGGCUGGACGAGCCAGAAGCAAACCGGCUUGCCGCGUGCUCCCAGGCGCUCCCUCGGCACAAGGACUCGACCAUGCGCGAAGAGGACCUGCACACUUCGCUUCCCUUGCCUGCUUUCGGGGAGACCAAACCAACAAACACGCCGUUCCUGCCGCCAACUCAGCAGGUUCUGAAGCGCGAGCUCCGCUGCAGCCAACCCUUCUACUACCAAGACACGAAUAUCGUGUCCGUUCUCGCUUCCGCGAUCUACAAGAUGAGCCGCACUGUCCCAACGCGCGGAAGAUGCCACACAGCCCUUGCCGUCACUUGGAAAAGCCGAGCAUGGGAGUCGUUCAAGAUGCCUCUUGACUUUAACCACAUGCCGACUCUUCACAAAUCGCCGGAAGAAGAGAAAAAUCGCCUCUACCUGACACUCCGACUCGGCGGUGGCGGCGAUGGCACGGCGUGGCUCGCAUCGAACACAGCGGGCCGCGUCUGCGUCGUCAAGUUCUUCAACGAGCCCAACUUGGAGGUCAUUCAAGCCGAGUGCGAACGGUGGAACGACAUCUGGCAUCAGCGAGACCCCCAGUUUCCCGAGGCGGUUGUCACUACUUUGCUCGAGCAGCCGGUGCUCGUCAUGCCUUUUGUCAAGACAGGAGAGUUUCCCAAGCAAAUACCUGCGGACGCUCGAAGGGCGAUUCGCGAGGCUGCGCAGAGAAUGGCCACGGCAGGCUACAUGCACGACGAUCUUCUGAUGCGUCAUGUCGGUUUCUACACGAAGGCUUCCAAUACCUUGAUGGCGGUCUUCUGCGACUUGUCACGAGUCACCCGGGUGAGCUCCGACGAAGAUAAGGAAGCGGCGCGCAUGGCCAUGCUCACCAAACUUUCGCUUGAGCCCGGCGAUGUGUUGUGAGGUGUGCUUUUUGAAACCAUGGCUCCAUCUGUCUGUUUCUCUGUAUGCACUCCAACCCCCUUUGUGAAAAUCAACCGGAAUUAAAACUGUUUAUUAGGUUGUCAAGUCCCGAACGGCCCGCUAGUUCGACCCGAGUCUACUCAGA